CGAGAACACGGGCGAUAGUGGCGCAUUUGACGGUUCGAAAGGCCCGCCCUACCCCUCGGACACCUACAAGAGCGCGGAGUAUGGGUAUGCCCACAUCGGAGACGGCAAACUGCCCAUCGAGGAAGACGAAUGGCGAAAGGCCCAUCCCAGAAGCUGGAAGGCGGGUGAUUUCUUUAUGGCUGAUAAGAACCAAGACAAUGAGAUCGAUGGUAUGGAUGUGUCAGGAUUGAAAUCGCCAAAGUUGGAAUGAUUUGUCACGCAAAUAAUGCAGCCCACAAAGAAACAAAGUGCCUGUCUUGCAGAGUAGGCAAGUGAGGCACAUUGUAAGCCUGUUGAGGGGUAGCAACUGAGGUGCUAAAAUAGCAUGACAGGAGCAGUCUUCUUUGCCGAAACAGCAUGACAGACUGGAUUUCGGCUCUGCCCAAAUUUGUCAUGCACCGCUUGAAAAUUGUAAUUGGGCUUCUGACUGGUAUCGAUAUUAUGCAUUGCCUUUGUCGAUUUCAAUCCUGACACUCCCAUAGAGGUGGAGGUGCAGGACGAACUACUCGCCUUGCAGGAGGAGCAGCACGGCCUGGACUCCAACCAGGCGUUGCACAUCGGCAUCGAUGGUCUUACCAGGGCGCAGAAAGACGCACUACACCUUGGACCGGCGCAAACCCUCGACGAAGAC